UGUUGGUGUCGGUUCGGCUGCUAAGGUCGGAUUCUGCAGUCCCAGCCCCGCUCAAUGGCAAACCCUGAGGACGUGCGGGUUUCUUCGCCGCCCCCGCCACCUCCUUCGUCUCCCUCGUCUUCAGACGCCUCGUCAACAUCUUCCCCCGGCGUCCCAGUGAGUUUAGGCUGGCCAGUUCCAAGCAGAAGCAGCAGCCGAACAGUGGACCCCCUGGAGGAAGUGGAGCUGCAGAUCGGAGACGCAGCAUUUUCAUUAACCAAACUUCUUGAAGCCACAUCUGCAGUAUCAGCUCAAGUGGAAGAGCUUGCCUUCAAAUGUACAGAAAAUGCACGUUUCCUUAAAACAUGGAGGGACCUCUUGAAAGAAGGUUAUGAUUCUUUGAAGCCUGACAACUGAUUUGGCUGUGUAAUAAUUCAUACUUCCUCAUUGAUGAUAUUUGCACGUGUACCAUAAGUAUAAGGUAGUCUCCAGUAGUUCUGUGUAUUCAGAAUGAAAUUUUUUUGGUUUCCUUCACUUUUGUGAAAGCAGAAUACUGAUGUUAUAUUUGAUGUUGGCAAUAUUUAUCUUUAAAUACUUUCUGUCCUCUAAACCUUCAUAGAAUCUUUUAUGGAAGUUAAUUUCAUCAGUAGAUAUUGUUAUCUAUAGUUUUAAUGGCAGAAAAAAAAUAGUUAAAUCAUUAUUCUAUUUGAUUUGCAAGAAGAUGCCAAGAAUGCCAGAGUUUGAAGUUGAGCUUUAUUUUACAGACCUAGGGAGGUAACUUUAAGGCUACCAAUGUUGGCCCAGUGCCACUAGGCCAAGGUCCCUGGAACUAAUGAUUGUGUCUUGUUUAUCUCCAGCACCUAGAGCAACUGUGUCACACAGCAAUCAGUAAAUGUUUGUUGAAUAAAAGAGUUGACAGUACAGUUAAAAGCUGGUUUUUUUUUGUUCCUGUUUUUACCAUGAAAAUUGUAAUUGUUUUUCUAAAAAAGUAUUUGACUCAGAACCUCACUGACUUGAAGGAAUACAAUCUCUUUUUUUUUUUUUUUGACGAGAAUUUGAACUUUGAGGACAACUUUUUAAAAUAUAUGAUAAAUACUUUGUUAUCCUUUAUGAUGCUUUCUAAAAAGCUUUUAUUUCAGAAAAUGAAAGCCUGUCUAGAAAGAAUGUUUAUAUUUUUUCCUUGUUUAUUUCUCAGGUGAACUCUUUUUGAUGUUGUUGUAUGUUUGGUUGUUCUCUUUAAAGUGCCUUGUCAAAAUUAUGGCUCUGUACUAUUACUUUUUGAGCUUUGCACAUAAUAAUUUAAAUUCUAAAUAUAAUUCUAAAGAAAUUACUGUGUUUUUAAGGCAACAAAUUUAAAUGAUGUGAUUGCUUGCAUAUAAUUUCACUUUAUUGACAAUGUUCUACUUUACUUGUUCCAUAUCUUGUAUUCUCUCUGUCUCUCUUUGGUGGUUUGUGUCGACAAUUAAGCCAACUAAUUUUCCGUAAUUUCUAGACAUCUUUGAUAACGCAUCUUAGUUCUUUGUAGAUAUGGAGUUGUGUACAGAUAUGUAUUCUAAAGACCCACAGUGGGGUUAUGAAAGGGGACAAACGGAUGGGUAAAGAAUAGUUUCAUUGAGUAUAUUAGGUCAUAGUUCUUGGUCCCCUUUUUUUUUAAAUUUUUUCUUUUUAGUUAAAGAUCACACAAAUGGUGUGCUUCUAUACCAAAGAGAUACUUAUUUUCAUAUUAGAAAAAUAUUUUUCUUACAUGUCACGAAAAUUGCAAUUUUUAAAAUGUAUAAAAAUAAACUUGUUCAAAGCAAAUUUUA